AUGGACGAUAAGGAAGAAAAGGAUGUGGAAAUCAAAGCCAAAGAAGUCGGACCCUCAUCCAUUAAGUGUCCAAUGCUCAAUAACACAAACUAUACAGUUUGGUCUAUAUGUAUGAAGGUGGCACUCAAGGUUCACAAAGUAUGGGAAACCAUUGACCCGGGAACGAAGGAUAAUGACAAGAACAACAUGGCCAUAGCCUUACUGUUCCAAUCUAUACCAAAGGCACUGAUUUUACAAGAACCAAAACUGGUCAAGAAAUUUCUCAAAAGUCUACCAAGAAAUAGAUACAUACACAUUGUUGCAUCUCUUGAACAAGUUCUGGACCUCAAUACAACAAGCUUUGAGGAUAUUGUUGGAAGACUAAAAGCCUAUGAGGAAAGAAUCAGUGGGGAAGAAGAAGAAGAUCAAGUUGAAUAUGAUGAUCAAGGCAAAUUCAUGUAUUGCAACACAUAUUCACGACAAUAUCCUCAAUAUAACUAUGGAGGCAACAGAGGAAGAGGACGAGGGGGUUGCUUUCAAUGGAGAGGAAGAGGUUGUGGACGAUAUGGGAAUUAUCAGAGACGAGACAAAGAACUUGAGAAAUCGAUAACAUACUAUCGCUGUGAUAAGAAAAGUCAUUAUGCGUCAAAUUGCCCCGAUAGACUGCUUAAGCUCCAAGAAGCUGUGGAGAAGAAAGAUGAUGACACUCAAGAAGCCGAUGGAUUGAUGAUGCACGAGGUAGUGUAUCUCAAUGAGAAAAAGGUGCAACCAAGUAAGUUUGAAGGUGAACUAGACACAAAGAAUGUGUGGUACCUUGAUAAUGGUGCAAGUAACCAUAUGUGUGGAAAUCGUGAGUUCUUCUUAGAUCUUGAUGAAACAGUCACGGGAAAGGUGAGAUUUGGAGAUGAUUCUCGUAUCGAUAUAAAAGUUAAAAAGUUUCUAUUCGAUUCUUGUUCAAAAACAGUGAAAAUAAGGUCUUGA